AUGGUCACAACAGGACACAGGUUUCAGAUCAGUCGAAUGGCAGCGGUUGCCAUGGACGGUCCUGUGGAGGAGGAAUGGGCUGAUUUUGCGACGGCUUUUUUACGUGAGAUGCGUGAGAAGUCUGCAGCAGAAGAAGAGCUGCAGGUGUUGUCCCAGGAUACAAGUGAAGCAGAUGCAUGCAGGUCUUCAGCCUCCAGUCAAGGCGAUGAAGGGCAAUCUUUCAUCAUGCCUUUUGAAGAUGAAGAUGUUGAUCCUGGAGUGCCGCUGCUGCCUUCAGAUGACGACUCCUGGUGGGUGCAGAAGCUCAAGGAUCACACCCGGGAUUGGGAUCCCCGUGGCGGUAGCUCGAAGUCUCACGUCUCUGUGCUGAGUGCGUGCACUGGAGCCUUUGUGGAGGGCGUCGCUUUCAAGGAGCUUGGCAUCCCUUUCGAGACGACAUCCAUCUCCGAGCCGUGUGCAGAGUAUCGGUCCUUCACUCUGCACAACCACUCUGGAAUCUUCCAUGCCCACGAAACUAUUCGGAAGCAGAUUCAGGGGUGUGCGUGCACUCGUCAUCCUCACUCGGAGGCGUGCGUUGUUGAUUCCAGCCCGGCAUUCGCGUGCCUUGGCACACCGUGCAAGCCCUUCAGUGUCCAGAGGGCAAAACGUUUCAAGACUUCGCCGCAGGACCACAGUGCAUAUGCCAUCACAUUUACAGAUGCAGUCGAUUUUUUUGAAACCUUCACGCCAGUUACAGCAUGCUUCGAGAACGUCGAAGGCUUCGACAUGCCGGAUCGUUCACAGAAGGAUGGCUGUGACGACACUCCGAUGGAGAGGUUCCUGGCAGAAUUGAAAACGGCAAGCGUGCCGGUGGGCUACUUCCAUGCGGUUGUGCACUUGGACAUGGCUGACUGGUUGACCAUCGCUAGGAAGAGGACAUUGGCAGGGGGCGGGUCACUGGUGAUUGUCAUUUUGCUUUGCGCGCAUGUUGCUGACCUACUGCAUUGGACGGGCCGGAAGGGGCUCGAGAUGGCUCGAGCUGAGUUUGAGGAUGUUCGCCGAGGUCCUUUAAAGUUGAAGCCCAAACUUAUUGCUCCUAGCGGUCCUAGCUCCAUUCUAGGCCAACUGGGUCACUAUGCCAUCUCAUCUAGAAUCUAG